AAAAAACAUACGCAAAUCGUGCGGAAUCUUAAAACAGUAAUUUAGCUUCAUAGUUGGGAUUUGCACAAUAAACACUUUUAUUUUUUACAUUUAUAAAAGAAAAAAGAAAUGAGAUUCAAGGCUACUUUAAAUAAUCCUGUUGGCUUACAUAAGCUCGGACAAACUAUGGAAAAGUUGGGUGCAACUUGUAUUGCUUCCUUUUCACCUAAUUUACUCCGGUUUAUAACUUAUCAUGAACACAUUGUUGGAAUUCAAGCUUGGACUAAAAUGCAACCUACUUCCAUGUUUUCUGAAUAUCGCUUAGAAUCUAUGCACGAUAAUGAAGUCAAUUUUACUUUUUUCCUAAACGAUUUGCUUCUUAUUACUAAAGAUUUGGCUGAUUCAACUCGUAUUGAAGUAUCUUUAAAAAGACGAAAUCAACAAUCUUAUUUAUAUUUUAAAUGGUCAUCAGAGAACUUUAAAGGAUCUGUUGUUAACGAGUUAAAGGAAUUACCUAUAGCACUUGUUACGCAAAGUAGAGUUGCAUUGAUUAAAGAACCAGUUACUAUUCGUAGACCUGACACCUAUAUUUUAUUGCCACCACUGACUUCUUUAAAACCUACAGCAGAACGAUUCAAAUCGCUAGGCAAAUUCAUUGUUCUUUCAGCCAAUAUGAAUGGAGUUUUCAAAAUGGAAAUAGAGAGUUCUUAUGCCUUAUGUAGCGCACAGUAUGAAAACUUAACUAAUCCACGUUUAGCUGGACAUAGCAUUGAAAAUAGAAAUGUUGAUGAGUUCUCAUCAGUACGAAUAAAAAGUGAAGACUUUGUGAGCUUUCUAAAUUGUUAUUAUUUGGAACCAGAUGAUGUUAUCUGUACAAUUGCAGAUGAAACCCAACUUACCUUUUUGGUUUACCUAACAAUUGAUACAUAUCAAAAUGAAGAUGCGCCUAUUCGAUCUAUUCAUCCUACACAAUGUAAACUUACUUGUCAUUUACCAAUUUACUUAGAAUAGCGGUAAUUGAAAAAAAAAGUUUUUAUUAUUAUUCUUAUUACUGCUUCAUUUAUUUCUGCUUUUUUUUUUUUUUUUUUUUU